AUGGAUCACUCGGAUGAUUCUGAUUUCUACGGAGAUGAGGAGACCGUCAUGGACCUCCGUCGUCGUGCACAAGAUUUUGAUGUUCAAGGCUGGAUGCUCCAGCAGCAACAAGAUCCCGGAAGACCACUUCCACGCAAAAACAUCACCGCCGAUGCAUCACAUCUCCACAAUCCAUAUGCCGGGGUUCACUAUGCGUGGCAGUUGACCGAGACUGUAGACGAAUUUCUCGUACGCCUGCCCCCAAAGACAACAGACAUCACAGAGGAUACGCCAUGGAUCUACAUAUGCAAUCCGUACAUCCCCCGUGUCGAGAAAUCUAUGGCCCAGAACCAAGUCAGCAAGGGUAACGAAGAUGAAGCUCCUGAAGAAGAAGGUAGCAAGACGGCGCUUGUCAUGGAGGGUGGCCACGAAAGAUUGGAGCUUCUAUCCAAGUUCAUCGAAGGUGUCCAGAAAAGCAGAAAGACUGCGGCAGCACAGGAACGGGAGAUAGUUGCGGAAAGAAAGAGAGCCGGAGACGAUAUACUGCACUUGGCACAUGCUGCCAAAGUCAGAGCGGGCAAGUGGAUGCUAUUUUGCACGCCGGCAGAAGUCAACGAUGUAUGGGACAUUAUCGCAAAAGCAACAGCCAACAACGAGCUUGGAAUCGCAGCCAAGGUUGCUCCUCGACCAGUCGACGAGGACUCUCGCAAGGAUCGACUCAUAUGUGUGUACACAGCCGACUUCGCAGACAAGGCCGACGUUGGCAGGGUUCUUCAGAGGCUGCGAGAGCUCAGACUGGUAGAAAUUCGCGGAAGACCGAUUUACUAUAAGCCAGAUGCAUAUACGUACAUUGGGAUAUCUUUCGGAAAUCCCUGGGGCCUGAAAGCGUCGAUCUAUAAGUCGUCUGACCUCUUUCAAACUUGA